UACUGUUGCGUGGGUAUUGGUGGGUUUUUGUGUCCUAAACUCUUCUAUCUACUAUUCUAUCUAUUCUAUUGUUUUCUUCCAUCUCACAACACAAUAAAUAAAAUUACAUUUAAAAACAAAAAAAGAAAAAAAAAUGAAAAUUUCUCAUUUUUAUUGAAAAACAGAGAAACCUUGAGGAUUUGGUAUUUUCAGUUGUAAAUUUCUUAUAGAUCUCACACAUUUUCCGACAGUUUUUUCUGCUUUGGUUUCCUACCAUCAUCAUCAAGUUUCUACACUUUUUUUUCUCCUGACAGAAAAUUGGUUUCCUCGGAAUUUUCGUUACGUGAUCAUAACUUGAUUCCUCGGAUCGUUGUUCGAAUGUUGUUUUUUUGAAAAGUGACAAAGAUCUAGUGAAUUGAUGCUUCUGUUUAAACUAUGGUGUUGAAGAGGAGGGUAAAUUAUGGAUUCACUGGCUUUCAAGUUCCCGUUAUUCCCAGAGCUCCUAGAUCUGCAAGAAGGAGGAGUCCAUUAAAAAACUCGGUUGAGGAUGGUGAAGCUUGUGCAUUUGAAAUAUUGGCAUCUUUAGCUGGCAAGCUGUUGCAGGAGAGUGAAAGUUCUGCUUGUAGCAAUGCAUCUGAAGGAAAUCAUCAUUGUUCGUUUAGCCAAGGCAUCAUCGUGCAAGAUCGAAAAAAUGAAGUUAAACCAUCAAUAACAGAGGGAGUUCAUCAGGGUAGCUGUACAGAGAGUAUUUUUACAACCAAUGUAGCCUCAAAAAACAAUGAUCAGAAACCUCUUCUGCAUGCCAAGACUGAUUGUUCGUUAGGACACAUUUCAGUUAAUAAUAAUUCUGAUAAUUUGGAAAAAGCUAAAGCUAAUGUGAAGACCGAAACUGUCGAAUCAGAUAACAAAUAUGGUAGUUAUACUAAUAGAUUAGUAAAAGCUCCUGAAAAUUUCAGGAAGUCUUGUAACAGGAAAGUAAAGAAAGGAUUCAGAUUGGAACAGGAAGCUGGUGUUUCAAAUUAUCACAGAUCAACUUCGGCUGAUAAAUGUGGUUUGAAAGACCGGUUGGAAUUGUACAUGUCUCCUGCUCUUGUUGACUCGAAAGUUAAUGUAAAAAAAUAUCCACUUCAUAGGAAGCCUUUUCCCACUGAUUCCUUUACCAAGCGUGGGAAUGGCAUUAAGUUAGAUUUUAGAGAUGAUGACGAAAACUUUAUAAGGUACACAAAGGUUUGCGCUAAGUCAAAGGCUUUUAGGUCUCCACGACGCAUUGCGCAUCGUAGAAUCAAGAAUCUGCUGUCUUCUAAAUACUGGAAGGUUGCUCCGAAGUUGAAGGACUGUGAACUUUCAAGAUCUGAUCUUGAAGUACCUCUUUAUCGUAAGAGGAAGACUAGUCACGGUUUCGACAGAUCUCACCACAGCAAUGUUGUUAAGAGGAGGAGAUUCUUUGAUCGCGUUUCUGCAGUAAUUUCUGAUGGGGGAUUCAGCAGUGAGAGUGUGUCCAAUUCGCCUGAGAAAGGAGCGAAUGGACACAAGCCUAGCUCUUCUGCAAAAAUGCAUGUAACUGAGGAUUCUCAUGUGAAGUUUAGCAUUAAAUCAUUUAGGAUACCAGAGCUUUACAUUGAGGUCCCCGAAACUGCAACUGUUGGUUCACUAAAGAGGACAGUCAUGGAGGCAGUGAUGGGUAUAAUUGGAGGCGGUAUGCAUGUUGGUGUUCUUCUUCAGGGGGAAGAAAUCGGAGAUGACAAUAGAACACUUGAGCAGACUGGUUUAUCUUGCAAUGAGAAUCUCGAUUCCCUCAGUUUCAUGUUGGAGCCUAGUUCUCUAUUAGCUUCUCCAAUUUCUUGUGUUGGUGAUCCUUCUUCUCAAUGCGAAACAUCCGAACCUAUCAGGUCUCCAGAAACUCCGGCAUUAGAUUCAGGGAUAACCGAUAUCAUACGUGACUCUUAUUUGCUGACAAAUCAAGGCAACCUAGUUGAAAAUAACCAUGACUCUACUAGUUCCCCUAUUGAUACCAUAGUUGACGAAAUAACUCCAGAUUCCAGAGCGAUAGUUGCUCUUCCGGCUAGUAACGAAGCAUUAGCUGUGGUUCCUGUGAGUCAGAAAAUCAAGCGCUCUGAAUUUGUACAGCGUCGAACCAGGAGACCAUUCUCUGUGUCCGAGGUAGAAGCACUUGUUCAUGCAGUUGAAGAACUUGGGACCGGAAGGUGGCGUGAUGUUAAGUUGCGAGCUUUUGAUAAUGCAGAUCAUAGAACUUAUGUAGACUUAAAGGAUAAGUGGAAAACACUAGUGCACACUGCAAAAAUAUCUCCUCAACAAAGGAGAGGAGAACCAGUACCUCAAGAGCUUUUGGACAGAGUUUUGGGUGCACAUGCUUAUUGGUCACAGCACCAAAUCAAGCAACAUGGUAAGCAUCAAUGUGGAACAGGAGGAGCAUUGAAGAUGAUCACAGAAGCCUCAGUUGAAAGGAUGUCCAGUCAAGUGUAAAAAGAAAAUACUUGUGUUGUUGAACAGCAAAAAAGAAAAAACUUGUACAUUUUUAUUCAAUUUCAUGUAAUAAUAAAUAUUCUCACACCAAAUUCUUUGCCAACCGUUAAUUGCAUGUGGGUUGCCAUUUUGUAAAUGAUUUGAUGUAAUAAAGUACUCUAACAGGGUCUUGUGAUGUUCUUUGA